AUGGCUUCGUAUGUACCUCCAACAUUGAAUAAUUCUUUAAAAACUGUUGAAUGGAUGUGGCAAUCAAAUCCAAAUCCAUUCUCAGAAUCGGAGCCGGCUACAUGGAAUCAUUACUCAGAUUUAGAAAAUUUAAUUAUCGAAGAAGCAUUUCAAGAUAAACAACCACGAGCUCAACUCGAUGAUUAUUUUAUUGAUUUCAAAAGUAAUCUUCAAAUAUCGAACACUGAUGAUUACAAGCAAAGAUCGAUAAAACGAGUGGAACGUAAAAGAGAAGAUAAACACCUACGAGAAGCACGUUUUAUGGAUCUUCCUGUUAGUUCCAGACGUUCAUUUGGUGGUCAAUAUGGUUGGGUAUCUCCAUUUGUAAUAGAAGUCAGACGAGACUUGAAACUCGAGCCAGACGAUUUACCUUCGAAAAAACCAACCAUGAUUCCAAUGCUUGUCGAAAAGGCUGCACUUGGUAUUAUUGAAGAAGGAAAACAUAUUGGAAAAGAGCGAGAAGCCGAAAAACUGGCUAAAAUGCUUAGAGAAACGAAGAAUUCGGGGAUGGAAGAAGUAUGGAAACGCUGUGCUUAUCUUUACACAUUGGAAAGUUUCUUGUACAAAACAUUAAAUGCAGCGAUGAGAUUGAUAGGAGACAAAAAACAGGAAAAAGUGUGGCGAAGUAAAAUUCAUACAUUGGGUCCAUUCUGUUUAUUACUAUGGGAUGAUCCAUUUAAUACAAAAUUGACAAUCAACAAGACACUUUAUCGAGGAGCCACUCUAACUAAAGAACAGAUCGCUGCGUAUGCAAAAAUGGCCGAAGAUGAUGCGGCUUAUGGAUCAUUUCAGGCGUAUACAUCAUGUAGUCGAAAUCGAGAGAAAGCAGAAGAAUUUGGCAAUACUUUAUUCAUUAUGGAAGUACUCAUUGCUUUUAUUGCCGAUCUAAGUCCAUUGUCUGAAUAUUCUGCAGAAGAAGAAGAACUUGUUACACCAGGUGUUUGCUUCCAAGUUGAAAGUAUUAAAUUUGAUCGUACGAAGAAUAAACAUUUGAUCCAUUUGAAAUUAAGACAACGAUUUUCGCGUAAGUGGAAAAGUCUUUUAUAA